AUGUGGUUGCGACGACGAGUAUUUUUUGUAGUGAUGCUUACUCUGGUCAUCAUAUCAUUUGUACAUUUUCAUCGAUCCCAACUUCUCACUUCGCAUGAUCUCAAACUUGUGAGGAACAGUAAGUAUCCAAGACGAGAAAACAUGGGGAUGUGCCCACCAAAGUUUGGCAAAAUCACCAUUUUUGUCACUUAUGAUUCAGCAAGCAGACAGAGGAUGUACGAGGUAGCGCAGCGCUCGCUCCAAUGUUACGUGAAUAGUUCAAACUACACACUGCUUCUUGUGGAUCUAGAAAGCGAUCCAAGGGUUUUACGCACAUGUGGAAAACAUUCGAUAGUCUUCUUCAGAAAACACUGCGCAGCUGCCUUAUAUCUCUCAGAAACGGACUGGAUGCUUGUCUUGGAUGCUGACACAGGUGUGGUAAAUCCAAACCAUUGCAUUGAAGAGUGGAUAGAUGAACGAGUGGAUGUGAUCCUUUAUGAGCGGUUUUUCAACUGGGAAAUUAUGGCUGGAAACUAUUUGGUGAAAAACUCAAGGUUUUCGAGCGAAUUUCUUCGCGAAUGGGCCAAAUAUGAAUUUCGAUUACCUGAUUCAUGGCACGGAUACGAUCAAGGAGCACUGAUGAUGAUUCUUCUUGAAAUGUUGAUUCCUGAAAGAAUUUUUUUUGUGUUUUAA